AAUAUUAGCGCCAAAAAACAUAUGAUUUGUUUGGCUUUCAAUCGGUGUUUGCAUUGACUGUCAAUUGUCUCAUCACUGGUCACUGACUCACACAUACAUACUAUGAGUGAUCAGAAGUCACACCACAAACAUAAUCCAUCAACUGAUCCCACUUUCAGGAGAUUAUCACAAAUCAAUGGAUUUAUUAAUGUGAUGAAUGCGGAUCAGUUGAGACAACGUCUGCAACAGUUGAGUCUGGAAGAGAGUGGUUCAAUGGAUUCGUGCCGAAGACGUCUGAAGAGUCACUACAGGAAUGAAGCGAUGAGUAAAGUGUAUAAGAAGACAGUCACCUAUCACUACGACAUGAUCUGUAUUGUGGACUUCGAGGCCACCUGUGAUUCGCAGACAAACCCACAGCCAAUCCAAGAGAUCAUUGAGUUUCCGGCGAUUAUGGUUGACGUCAAACAAAAACAAAUUGUUUCCACAUUUCAUGAGUUUGUGAAACCGAAAUGCACUGAAAAACUGUCGGAUUUUUGUGUGGAUUUGACAGCAAUUAGUCAGGAAGUGGUGGACAAGUCGGACACAUUUGCACACGUUUUGGACAAAUUUGAGAAUUGGUUCCACGGUUUCAUUGAUGACAAUGAUGUCAAGUCAUUUGCUUUGGCCACCGAUGGUCCCUGUGAUAUGAGUCACUUCUUCGCGCAAACCUGCAAACUCUAUGACAUUCCGUAUCCGUCUUACGCCAAGCGAUGGAUAAAUAUUCGCAAACUGUUUGUCAGUCAAUACAAGACUUACAAAUUGAGUUUGGAUGAAAUGUUGACACAUCUGGGAAUGCAAUUCAAAGGGAGACAACACUCUGGAUAUGACGACGCCCUCAAUAUUGCCAAUCUGUUGAUCCGUAUGAUCAUCGAUGGCGCCAAUCCUGUCAUCAAUGAGAGGAUUAGUUGGCAUCAUUCUGAACGCAAGUGUUUAGCGGAUCUGAGGUGUGGUUUCGUUCGUGUCUUUUAUAACAAAUCUUCGGAUGGACUCAAUCUCUCCGAUUCUGAUGACUCUAUCUCUGAAGCUAUCAGUGAAGAGUUGAACGAAGAAAAACGGAUCAGACGUUCAGCAAAAUAAUGACAUUUAUUUGUAAUGGAAAUCAUUUGAUUGUUUUGUUUCUCGCUUUUAUGUUUGAGUUUUUUAAUUGUUUUAUAUCUUUGAUGUCAUUUCUGUCCGAUUCCUAAAGGGAUUGUAUUUCAUUA